AUGCGCCCUAUCCCUCCAAUUGCGCUUCGGCGACUGCCGCAGCUCCUGGCUGGCCCUGCCAGGAGGACUUUCGUCUCGACGGAUACGCGGCGUAACGUGCAACCUUCUUCUCAGACACCUCCAGCUGGCAAAGCAACUGAGACCGGCAAAUUUUCCACCCGGAUACCGAGGGUUCCCCAAAGAGAAACGCAAACAAUAGAGCACGAUGGCGAGGAGGUGACUCUUAGAAUGUUCCAGCAUCCAAAGUCUCCGAGUGAUGGAGAGCAUUUGACUGCCUUGACCACCAGUCGGUCCGCAAAAUGCUAUCUCCAUUUCGACGAACUUACUUUGGCCCGAGACAAGGAACGGCCUCUACGCCUCCCAUAUUACUACCUUCGCGACCUGUGCAAAUGUCCGCAAUGCGUGGAUCCGCAUUCGAAGCAACGCUCGUUCCGCACUCAUGAUAUACAUCCCACUAUUCACCCACGGCGAGUGAAAUGGGAUGGUAACCAAUUGGAGAUCCAAUGGAACAAGGAUAUCCUAGGAUAUGGCCCGGAGCACACGUCUCGAUGGCCAUAUCACUAUCUCCGGAACCCCAUUAACAAUACCCACGACACUACCCAUCCCCAUACGAGACCCUUCCGUUGGAACGCUGCAACCAUGGAAAAGUAUCAACACUGGAUCUCGUUUGACGAUUAUAUGCACAGCGAGACGAAAUUCACAUUCGCCAUGCAAAAUCUGGCCCGUCUGGGUCUAGUCUUUGUCAAGGAUAUCCCAUCAUCCCGCGAGAUGGUGGAAAAGGUUGCCACUCGCAUGGGCCCGCUGCGGAAUUCUUUCUACGGCUCGACAUGGGACGUACGUACAGUCCCACAGGCAAAGAACGUGGCCUACACCAACCAACACCUCGGGUUCCACAUGGAUCUCUUGUACAUGAACGAACCACCCGGCUACCAGCUCUUGCACUGCCUAGAGAACUCAUGUGAGGGUGGCGAGUCGCUUUUCGCAGAUACUUUCAACAUUGCAGACAGGAUGAAGCGUACGCGCCCCACUGAUUACUGGGAGCUGACACGAAGGCAUGUUGGCUAUGAAUAUGUGCAUGAGGACUCAAUUUACCACAACACUUGGCCUGUAUUCGAACUGGAUCCACAGUCAAAGGAAUUACGGAACGUCAACUACUCGCCGCCCUUCCAGUCUGCAAUUCCAACCUGGAAAGGAGAGACCGGUAAACAAACCCGCAUGAACUACGACAAAUUCUGGAAAGCCAUGUACCAUUUCACGAAGGACAUGGAAUCCAAGGAUUCUGUGUUCCAAUUGAAGCUUAACCCUGGCGAGUGCGUUAUCUUUGCCAAUCGUCGGGUUGUUCACGCGCGCAAUAAGUUCAAUACUACAAAUGGCUCGCGCUGGCUUGCUGGUGCCUACGUCGAUCAAGAUGCGGUACUGUCUCGCUUUGCUGUCACCAGGAAGAACAAUUUGGAAUCCUGGGUUAAAAGUGACCCAAGGGUUGUCAACCAACUCAUGCCUGGGGCCUAUCAAGGCUUAGAAAAGGACGAGUGA